UGAGCACUCAGCUCUUCAAGUACAACCCGACGAGAGGAGGGGAAACGAGUUCCAAUAAGCUCAAGCGUCGCAGCUGUCGCCGCCUCAACACAUCUCCCUCCUAUCUGGUCGCAAACUGGCUGAUUCACAAUCCGUGGUACAGGUACAUGUAUAUGUAUAUGAAAAAGGAAGACGAGAGACGGAGAGACGAGGGACACGGACUAGGGGUCUGCAUCUGCGCCUUGGCGCGGCGGAGGUCCUCUGCGUCUGCGCACAACGCUGAACACUAGAAGGACGGGAACAGCCACCCAUCCAUUAUUCCUCGUCAUCAUCCCAGCGCAGCACGUACUCGGCGACGCGGACCGCGAUGGGUACCUCACCCAUCCCCAUCCAGGACUCGGUGUCGUCGUCGUGUCCUACCGCAUACAUGGACCGCUUCUCAUCAGAGCGAAGCAUGGCGAAGCCACCACAGACUCCUUCUCCGGCCGCGGUAUAUGAGAGUGCCCCGACGUUUCCGACUUCGAAGCUGCAUGGCGACCAUGCUUCCGCAUCCAAUGCUUUGAUCCCGCUGCCUUGCUCGUUUCGCCUCUCUGCGCCGACGCGGUCGGUGCCGAUAUCCUCUGCGGGACCCUGCGUCCAGCCGAUGCGGCAGCUCCAAUCGUCUCCUGCUCCCAUGAGAGUCGAUUCCUCCCGGCUUUCCGUGGUUUGGAUAUUGCUCUUGGUCAGGGCUGCACCGCCCGACCUUGCGAGAACGCCCGUCGCAUCUUCUACGACUUGGCUCCCGCCACCUUCGUUGCAUCCCUGCACCAGCGAUUGCGGUUUCGCGUCCUCGAUCGUAGAAGCUCUCUCAUCUUCCUGCACCGAAAUCGAGGUGGGCAGAUGAGCGUUGAGCGCAGCCAGGAUGUCAUCCGAGUCCACUGGACCCGUUCCGCACGCCUGCAAGGCAUCCCGCGCAUCGGCUCCAAGGACACCCAUCGUCCAGUCCCCAGCGUCGAUCUCCCCGCCGUUGAGGAUCACCAGCACAUCAUCGAAGUUUUUCGCCGCGCGCGUAUGUUUAGCUGCCAAUGCCAGGCUCUCGCGGGCUUUCGCGCCCAGGAGCUCGCAAGCCAGAGACCCCACAGCGGACGUCUCCAGCUUCUCUGCCACCUGCCGACUGGCUGCCACCUUCCCGUGUGCGGGAGAGCCGUCGUCGUCGGUGGGAUCGGUCGACGACUCGGGGAGGGUGCUGGCGAAGCUGGUGAAGGACGACGCAUCGGAGCAGCUUCUGCUCGCUGCGGGGCUGCUGCUGCUGCUGCCUCCGAUCUGGUGUCCCUUGGUGCGGGGAGCGGGCGGCGCCCAUUUGCCACCCAGCUGCUCUCGCAUCCACCGCUGCAGCACCCAGUUUCUGACUUGCGCCAGGGGAUGGGCUGCCGCGGUGAGGGUGGGUGGGUGUUGGUAUUGGUAUUGGUUCAUGGGGUGUUCCCCCAGGGCCCCCGCGCCUGGGCGCUUCUGCUCGAGCCCGGCGAACAGGCGCGCGAGAUCGCCAGUGAGGGUGGCACUCUGCGCCAUCGUGGAUUGCAUAUCUGCAUCGGAUCGUCUUUAGGUCGUGGAAGCUGUGUAUGUGUUUAUAUGCACGUAGUGGGUAGAAAGUGGUGCGGGAGGGUGGCAAUGACACGAUAUCAGCACGAGGCUGGAUGUGGCGCCUUGGGUCGUCAGAGACAAUGGCCGCCCCACGUGGAUUCCGUCGUCAACUCGUUAGCAAAUCUCGUCUGCUCGUGCGGACUGGAGCAGAGUGGGUUUGGAGAGCAACGAAGGCGGAGGCCCGGCACGUGGUGUGAUGAGGCGGGGUAUGAUCUCGAGAACAAUGGAUUCCGAUGUGGCUUAUGGUGUUGACGGUAGUUGGCCUUGUCUCAGCCAUUUUCCGUCUUGACUGAACCUUUAUGUCACUCUUUUGCCAAUUCGCAGGCAUGCCAAUGCAUGUGGUUCUGGCUGAAACUUUGGAAUUACCGAUGACGGAACGGGUUACACACAGGCAGAUACGGGACGGGACGACACUCCCUCAAUCAACCCACGUCGCACGACUGAAAUCGACGCCCGCCUUGGGCACGUACCCUCCGCUCGCGGCUGCGGCCUCGAGCCUCGUCUUGACACUGCGGUGGACGCGGACCCCCGCCGAGCCUUCGUCUGGGACGCGCCGUCCGCGGCCCAGAUUGAAGCCCAGAACUCGAGGAUCCACCACAGCGACAGGGGCGUGGCGAGCACGUCGUACAGCGGCGAGAGCGAGUCAUGGAGGUCCUCCUCCUCUUCGCUCAACACUGGCGUCGGAUCGGGCAGCGGGGGAGACGGUGAUGGGACCGCCCGGAUCUUGAGGUCGCCCAGUGG